UGUUCAACAUGCCCAAAGGGGUGCCGAAGGACCCAGAGAUAGCUGACCUGUUCUACAAAGAUGAUCCUGAGGAAAUAUUUGUGGGUUUACAUGAAAUUGGACAUGGAAGUUUUGGAGCAGUUUACUUUGCCACACAUUCCCACAGUAAUGAAGUGGUGGCAGUCAAGAAAAUGUCCUACAGUGGGAAGCAAACAAACGAGAAAUGGCAGGAUAUCAUCAAGGAAGUCAAGUUCCUACGGCAGCUGAAGCACCCCAACACCAUAGAGUACAAGGGCUGUUACUUGAAAGAGCACACUGCCUGGUUGGUGAUGGAAUACUGCUUAGGAUCGGCUUCUGAUUUACUAGAAGUUCACAAGAAACCACUUCAGGAAGUGGAGAUUGCUGCCAUUACCCAUGGUGCCUUGCAGGGGCUGGCCUACCUGCAUUCUCAUGCUAAGAUUCAUAGGGAUAUUAAAGCUGGAAAUAUUCUCCUAACGGAACCGGGUCAGGUGAAACUAGCUGAUUUUGGGUCUGCGUCUAUAGUCUCUCCUGCCAACUCCUUUGUGGGGACCCCUUACUGGAUGGCCCCAGAGGUGAUCUUGGCUAUGGACGAAGGACAGUACGAUGGGAAGGUGGACAUUUGGUCUCUUGGGAUCACAUGCAUUGAGUUAGCCGAACGGAAGCCUCCCCUUUUCAACAUGAAUGCAAUGAGUGCCUUAUAUCACAUAGCCCAGAAUGACUCCCCUACGUUACAGUCAAAUGAAUGGACGGACUCCUUUAGGGGAUUUGUUGAUUACUGCUUGCAGAAAAUACCUCAGGAAAGGCCAUCGUCAGCAGACCUGUUGCGGCAUGACUUUGUUCGCCGAGACCGGCCGCCCCGGGUCCUAAUUGACCUAAUACAAAGGACGAAAGAUGCUGUACGCGAGCUGGAUAACCUUCAGUACCGGAAAAUGAAGAAAAUCCUUUUCCAGGAGGCGCGGAACGGGCCGCUGACGGAGUCUCUGGAGGAGGAGGAGGACAGUGAGCAUGGAUCAAACCUGAAUCGGAAGAUGGACAGUCUGGGCAGCAACCAUUCCAUCCCGAGUAUGUCUGUGAGCACGGGCAGUCAGAGCAGCAGUGUGAACAGCAUGCAGGAGGUCAUGGAUGAGAGCAGCCCUGAACUGGUCAUGAUGCAUAACGAUGAGAGCACAAUUAAUUCCACGUCCUCUGUGGUGCACAAGAAGGAUCAUGUAUUUAUAAGGGAUGAGGUGGGCCACAGGGAUCACAGGCCUGAGCUGCGGCCUACCCAGUCAGUCCAGAAUCAGGCCCUCCACUACCGGAACCGAGAGCGCUUUGCCACAAUCAAAUCAGCAUCUUUGGUUACAAGACAGAUCCAUGAGCAUGAGCAGGAGAACGAGUUGCGGGAACAGAUGUCAGGUUAUAAGCGGAUGCGGCGCCAGCACCAGAAGCAGCUGAUCGCCCUGGAGAACAAGUUGAAGGCCGAGAUGGACGAGCACCGCCUCAAGCUGCAGAAGGAGGUGGAGACCCAUGCCAACAACUCGUCCAUUGAGCUGGAGAAGCUGGCCAAGAAGCAAGUGGCUAUCAUGGAGAAGGAGGCAAAGGUGACUGCAGCGGAUGAGAAGAAAUUCCAGCAACAGAUUUUGGCUCAGCAGAAGAAAGACCUGGCGACCUUUUUAGAAAGUCAGAAGAAGCAGUACAAGCUUUGCAAGGAAAAGAUUAAAGAGGAGAUGAAUGAGGACCACAGCACACCGAAAAAAGAGAAGCAAGAGCGAAUCUCCAAACACAAAGAGAAUCUGCAGCACACGCAGGCCGAAGAGGAGGCCCAUCUACUCAGCCAGCAGAGGCUCUUCUACGACAAAAACUGCCGCUUCUUCAGGCGAAAAACCAUGGUUAAGAGGCACGAGAUGGAGCAGCAGAACAUUCGGGAGGAAUUAAACAAGAAGCGGACCCAGAAAGAAAUGGAGCACGCCAUGCUGAUCCGGCACGAUGAGUCGACGCGCGAGCUGGAGUACAGGCAGCUGCAUACGCUGCAGAAGCUGCGGAUGGACCUGAUCCGUCUGCAGCACCAGACUGAGCUCGAGAACCAGCUGGAGUACAACAAGCGGAGGGAGAGGGAGCUGCACAGGAAACACUUCAUGGAACUCCGGCAGCAGCCAAAAAAUCUGAAGGCCAUGGAAAUGCAGAUCAAGAAGCAGUUCCAGGACACGUGCAAAGUGCAGACGAAGCAGUACAAGGCGCUCAAGAAUCACCAGCUGGAAGUUACUCCAAAGAGCGAGCACAAAACGAUCCUGAAGAGUCUGAAAGAUGAGCAGACGAGGAAGCUCGCCAUCCUGGCAGAGCAGUACGAGCAGAGCAUCAAUGAGAUGAUGGCUUCACAAGCCCUACGGCUGGAUGAGGCUCAAGAAGCAGAAUGCCAAGCCCUGAGGCUGCAGCUCCAGCAGGAGAUGGAGCUGCUGAACGCAUACCAGAGCAAAAUCAAGAUGCAGACGGAAGCACAGCAUGAACGAGAGCUCCAGAAGCUGGAGCAGAGGGUGUCUCUGCGCAGGGCCCAUCUCGAACAAAAGAUUGAAGAGGAGCUGGCUGCCCUCCAGAAGGAACGCAGCGAGAGGAUAAAGUUUCUGUUGGAAAGGCAAGAGCGAGAGAUUGAAACGUUUGACAUGGAAAGUCUGCGACUGGGCUUUGGGAAUUCGGUCACAUUAGAUUAUCCCAAGGAGGACUAUAGAUGAGAUUAAAUUUCUUUUGCCAUUUUCAAAAAAGCAAACAAACAAAAAAAUUAUGAAAAACCAACAUUCCCCAUGUUAACGGGCGUGCUCUCUCUCUUUCUGUCUCUUACUGACGUUGUGUCGGACUAGUGCCUGUACGUUCUUACUCGGUCAGGGCCCCUUCCCCUGCGUCAAGUGCCAGCGCUGGACAGCUCCUGGCCGUCUCUUUUCAUAGUACGUCACAGUAUUGAUGUCUCAGUGCAAUGAUGACAAAUGUUUCAGUGAAAGCUUUGGAGACGAUUUUAACGAAUCAAACAAAAGUGGAUGUCUGUUGCUUUUGAGCAAUCACUCAUUUUACCACCAAUCAAUGAAAGU